AGUACUGCCACUGUUUUCGUAUCUCACUCCUCAUAACGCACAUACAUACAGAAAAAGCUACCUUACUGAGAAAUCUGCUUUAAGCCCGCCUGGUACGUACGUACUUUUCUUGGUAGAAUAGCUAGUACAGUAAUUUGGUUUUGUGGCACCAAGCAUGGCUUCAAACGUAGCAAUCCCUCCUCAUCACCAACAGCCAUGGCUGUUGGAAAGUGGCAACCCCAAGAGCCUGAACAAGGAGAUCAUGAGGCAUGGCCGGACAGCACACAACAUGUCAUCCUCUUCCCUUCGCAAAAAGUCCGACCUCACUCUUGUCUCAAGAGUUCCAUAUGCUUGCCUUAGACGCUUGUUGGCUAACCUUCAAGAAGUUUUUCUUGGAACUAGGCUUUUUGUUCUCUUUCCUGCCAUCCCUCUGGCCAUUCUCGCCAAUUGUUACGGUUUUGGAAGACCAUGGAUUUUCGCGUUGAGUUUACUUGGACUGGUACCAUUGGCUGAACGUGUCAGCUUUCUCACAGAACAAAUUGCUUACUACACAGGUCCUACAGUGGGAGGGCUCCUAAAUGCAACUUGUGGGAAUGCAACGGAGCUCAUUAUAGCAAUAUUUGCUCUAAAAGACCGUAAAAUAAGCGUGGUCAAGUAUUCUCUAUUGGGAUCCAUUCUUUCCAACCUUCUUCUGGUUCUUGGGACAUCUCUCUUUUGUGGUGGCAUUGCCAACCUUAGUAGAGAACAAAAAUACGACAGAAGACAAGCCGACGUGAACUCACUCCUGCUGCUGUUGGCACUGUUGUGCCACUUGUUGCCGAUGUUGUUUCGAUAUUCUGGGGCCUUGGCUGCUUUGACUGCUGAACCUGCCCUCCAGUUGUCAAGAGCCAGUAGCAUUGUAAUGCUAAUUGGAUACGUUGCCUACAUUUUCUUCCAAUUGUGGACACAUCGCCAAUUAUUUGAAUCCCCGGAGGACUCAGAAGGUGAUGAUGAUGCUGUAGAAGAAACAGCCGUGAUAGGAUUCUGGAGUGGAUUUACUUGGUUGCUCGGGAUGACUGUAAUCAUAGCUUUGUUGUCUGAGUAUGUCGUGGUUACAAUUGAGGAUGCAUCAGAUUCUUGGGGUUUGUCUGUAAGCUUUCUCAGCAUAAUCUUGCUACCGAUUGUGGGAAAUGCAGCAGAACAUGCAGGAGCAAUCAUAUUUGCUUUCAAGAACAAGUUGGAUAUAACUUUAGGUGUUGCUUUGGGGUCUGCAGCUCAAAUUGCAAUGUUUGUGGUUCCAUUAUGCGUGAUUUUAGCUUGGAUUAUGGGAAUCAACAUGAAUCUUGAUUUCAAUAUACUUGAGACUGGCUCUCUUGCUUUAUCUAUAAUUGCUACAGCUUUCACUUUGCAGGAUGGGACUUCUCACUACCUUAAAGGAUUGAUUCUCCUCUUAUUCUAUAUUGUCAUUGGAGCUUGCUUCUUCAUAUCCAAAACACCACUUAACCAAGCAGAUAUCAUCAUCCCAGGAGUUAAGAUGACAACAGAAGCAGUCUUCAGCGCUUAACAAGCGCCUUUUCCAGCUAGGGUCUCUCAUCCCCAGCAAGUAUGCUCCAAUGUUGGAACUUUUUCCUAGUAAUUGCACUCAUCAAUAUUCGUCAAUCAAAAAGCAACAAUUUAGGAUUUUUGCUCGAGGGUUCAUGCGCUUGAAGUUGAGAUCGAUGGAUUUUAUAUGCAUGCUGCAUGAUUACCAAAACUGAUGAACCUUGCUAAUUGAUGAGAAUUGGCAAUACAUGGUCUUAUAUAUUUCAAGAUGAACGUCUUUGUAGUUUUUACAGGAGUUUUGUUCAUAUAAAUGCCAGCAGAGUGGUGGCAUAUGGUAGAAAAGUUGGAUUGUUUCAGUACUCUUUGUCCAUCAGUUAUAUACCAAUAAAUGAAAAUUGUUGUUGUUUGGGUUUUCAA